ACCAUUGUAUCAUAUCUUACAAAUAAACAAAACACGAAUUCAAAAUGAAGUUAUUAUUAUUUCUUCAUCUAUUUUGUGCCAUUUUAGCCACCACUCUUGUCACAUUAUCCCAUGCCCAAAUAAAAAACACCCUACAACAAUUCCUUGACGUGCACAACAAGGCACGUGCGCAAGUCGGGGUCCCACCCCUUAAAUGGAACCAAACCCUAGCUGAAUAUGCCCAAAUUGUAGCCAACAGGGUCGGAAAAACAUGUGAUUUCACGGCAAAGUCCCCGUCCGGUGGGCCCUACGGCGAGAACACGGCGUCCGGGUAUUGGGCUUUUACAACGUAUGAUGCCGUAAACCAGUGGGUUGGGGAGAAGCCCAACUAUGAUAACAAAAUGAAUGUUUGUAGGAAUGGUAAAGAAUGUAAGCAUUAUAAACAGGUGGUUUGGAAGGAUAGUUUACAUCUUGGAUGUGCUGGUAUUUUUUGUGGUACUGGUCAGAAACGUUUGCCUUUUGUUGUUUGUGAAUAUUAUCCUCCUGGUAAUGUUCCUGGUAAAUUUGCUUAUUAAUAAAUAUAUUUGGCCGGACUCGAAUUUUGGCCUAAAAAUAUAGUUUCAGGGGUUGACCUAUAAUUAUUUUGGAUCGAGUUACUCGAGGCAAGCUUUACUUCAAAGUAAUUUUCAUAGAUUGUGGUUUUAUUUCAUGUUCAAUUCUUAUUGCAUAGGUUUCCAAUUAGAUGAUUAUUAUUAAUGACACCAAAUUAAAAAAAGGGUUUUCUGAAUUAAUUAACCCCAUUUUUAUUUGUACAAAAUGUUGAAUGCAAGGUCAAAUCACAAAUUGUAACAACGACAUAUUCUUUUUUAUUUUAUUUUUUAUGAUGUUAUACUCAUUCAUAGGUGAGGUGACAUGUAGGAUUUUGAGUCAUCAGCUUAUUUUUACAUGCAAAUCAGUAUUUUUAUUAUGACAUAAAAGAAAGAAAUGAAAUUAAACAAAUUUUAGAGUUGUGAAAAA